AUGGCACCUUCAAGUCCAACACCAACCCCCGUCGAUUUCCCCUCACCAGACUUUUCCUUUAGUGGAGGCAACUCACCAGGCUCACACUCACCAAGUCCACCGAUUUCGCCAGAUUGGGGAGUAUAUGAUCGCGACUGGCAAGACUGGAGACAUCUUAUCCCAAAGCUACCAUCCACACGACCUCGUGCACUUACGCCGCCUGGGUUCAGCGAUGAAAAUGAUGAAAAGAGUCUACAGCGACCAGCUGCAGCGUUUCAACAAUCGCUCUGGUUCAGAGUCCCUGCUAAUCUGAGACGCGAUAUUCUUCGCUUGGCGUUUGGGGAUAGGCGUCUCCAUAUGCAUCUCGCUUUUGAUGCUGCUCGUCGUACCCCAGAGGAUCCAGAUGACCUUGAUGGAUAUGAGCUAGGUGACCCAGAUGCUCCAGGCCUAAGAAGAAAACUCUGGUCGUGGAAUGGAUGUAUCUGCGCUCGAAAGCAUGAUCCAGAGCUGGGUCCUAUGACACGCGGUGGCCUUAACCCAGGGCCCUGGAUUGAUCGCUGCUGCGAUGCGGUCAAUGUCCCAAAGCCACCGCCUCAGAACAUCAGGAUAAUGGGUUGGCUGCAGUCCUGUCGGCAAAACUACGCAGAGACAAUUGAUGUUCUGUACUCUACAAACACCAUCAUUAUCUCCGGCGAAGCAACAAUUACUGAACUUCCAUCGCUUAAACCCCACCACCAUCUCACCAAGAUCACCUCCCUCGAGAUCAAAGCCCCGAUCACUAAAGACAACGUCCUCGAGGAUGUCACCAACCUCAUUCUUCCCGCUCGGUUCCCAAAUCUCAAGCGUCUCUAUAUCUCAAUAGAAUGGUGCGGCGCGGGUAUCCGCGAUCCCGACCCAGAUGAGCUAAUCGCAUCAUUCGAUACCCUGGCGCGAACAACCAAAGAGUGCGCUUUCGCUAUCCCCAUGGAGUGGUUCUCGCGUAUCUCGUGGGGUCAGAUGCGAAGCGCAACGACAGGCAGACAGAUCACGUACAGCCAGUUCUGGCGUACGCUUGGCAAUGCCGAGGGAGAUAAGGAUGGGUAUGGGGGCGGGCUUGAUGUCAUACAGCUACCUUAUGUUGAUAGCUACCCGAAGCCUCCGUAUCAUUUGGAGAGUCCUGGUGCUGGGUAUUGGAUUCUGGAGGCGAGUGAGAUGUCGUUGAGCACGCAUUAUGAUUUUCUUACUGGGCACUAUGAUGAUGAUUAA